AUGGAAGAAAACGGAAAAGAGAGCGGCGUAUUGGCCAUGGCCGCCUGUUACCAGGGGUUCGAUCCUGCAGCGUAUCUGCAGUAUAACUACACUCCACCGAGGGCAGAUUUCGGGAGGACGGACAGCAUCGUACCGUGGAAACUGGCCUGUCUCCACCGGGCUUUCACUGAAGGUGAUGUGAAUGGUGAGCUGCUGGUGGACAUCGGCUCCGGUCCGACCCUGUACCAGGUGCUGAGCGGCUGUGAGGUUUUCAAAAAGGUGCUGCUCACAGACUUUCUGGAGGUCAACAGGCAGGAGCUGAGGCGCUGGCUGCAGGACGAGGGCGGCUGCAACCUGGACUGGACGCCGUACCUCCAGCACGUGUGCAAGCUGGAGGGACGACGGCCCUCAGCAUGGACGGAGAAAGCUGCCAAGCUACGUCAGGUCAUCAUGGACGUCCUCCCAGUUGAUGUGCACCGCCCUCAGCCUAUGGCCCCUGGUGCCCUUCCUUCAGCAGGGGCCGACUGUCUGGUCUCCUGCUUCUGCCUGGAGAGCGUCAGCCCCGACCUGGCAGCUUUCACCAAAGCCUUGGGCCACAUCGGGAGGCUCCUGCGGCCCGGUGGCCACCUCCUGCUCAUCGGGGCCCUCGGAGAGAGUUACUAUUUCGGGGGCCCCGGAGUAAAGAUCCCUGUGGUCCCACUGAAUGAGGAACAGGUCUGUGCUAGUUUGAAGGAGAGCGGCUUCACCCUGAUCCGGCUGGAGGUUUACACACUGCCUCAGGACAUGAGGGUCGGGGUGGAUGAUGUGACUGGGGUGUUUUUUGUAAAGGCAAGAAAAGACUAA